AUGAUCAUCCUGUAAGAGAAGCCACUAGGUCUGAAAUGGUAUGAAUUUUUAAUUCUUCAAUUCUUAACCAUUUAUCCUUAGUAAACUUAAAAUUUGUGGCAUAGAAGCACUCAGAUUUUUGUGAUAAACAAUCAGAGAGAAUUCAUUGUCUAGAAAAGAUCUACUAAUAAAUUCUACUGUCCUGGCUAUAUUGACUUAGUAUUUGGAGGAGUAGUAGGAAUGAGUGAGACGGAGGAUGUCAGUGCUGCGAGGGAACUUUAAGAGGAACUUAGUAUUAUCACUCCUGAUCCAAAGUUUAUGUUUAAGUUCAGAUUUGAAAGUGAAUUCUCGAAAGCAUGGUGUUAUAGUUAUCUUCAAUUUUAUUCAGGAGCAGUUAAACCACAAGGCAGUGAAAUAGAUGCAAUAUUCUUUUGGGAUGAGGAAAAAAUUUAGGAUAAGAUCAAAGCAUAGGCUUUAAUAACGCCAGAUAGUUUAGAGGCGUAUAAGCAUUUAUAAGAAUUUAUUAAGAAGAGUGGUGAUAAGGGACGCCUUAGAUCUACAUAUUGA